GCAGGCGGGGAGGUUGAAAGCAUGCCGAUGCGCUGUCAUUUCAAGGGGCGGGAAUAUACAAACAGUCCCGCGUGUAUAAAACUCAUGUGUCCAACACAAACUCUUGGAGACACGUGAAGCGCUCUAGACGUUGGACUUUUCAUUCGCUUAUCUGUCAUCUGUGACUGCGUGACCCACCGUCAAAGAGGAUCAUGAGACCCGUGUCAUUCUUCACCGUUGUGACUGUUUAUCUCACCGUUUGCGGAGGAAUCGCUGCGGAUGCUCAGGCUGGAUCUGUUUUAAGGAACUCCAUCCGGCAUCAUCCCGCCGCAUCCAGCCCGAGUGAUGCAGUCAGCGCGAGCCCGCGCGUCACCGGCACCGCUGACAGCUACGUUCCGCCGUCACCGAACUGCUCGGUUGAUUCUGAAUGCAGGCUUGGUGAGUUUUGUAAUGGUUCAAAGGGAGUCUGUCUGUCCUGUCGCAGACGGAGGAAGCGGUGUGCACGCAACGGGAUGUGCUGCGCAGGAAACAAAUGCAUUAACGGUGUGUGCCAGCCUGCUGAUACAGAUGGCACUCAACAAGUUGGCAAAACAGAUGCACCCACUGUAGCUGUAACACGCGGGCAGAACUUCACUAUGGGGCAGCAUCCUGACAGAAACACAAUCACAAGACCACAGCACCCAAUGAAAGGUGGCGAGGGAGAGACGUGUUUGAGGUCCUCCGACUGUUUGGAAGGGCUGUGCUGUGCCCGACACUUCUGGUCACGAAUCUGUAAGCCCGUGCUGACCGAGGGGCAGGUGUGCACGCGCCACAGAAGGAAAGGAGCUCACGGUCCGGAGAUCUUUCAGCGCUGCGACUGCGGUGCCGGCCUGACCUGCAGAGGCCAGAGAGAGAAAGUAGGCAAAGAAACCAGAAACCUUCAUACCUGCCAACCGCGCUGACCCUGCAGAACCGCUCUCUGCGCCACACACAGCACGCACGCACGCAUGCAGACACACGUGCAGCUGCGACAAAUGAAAACUGACUCCACGGAAGGAUGCAAGAUUUAAAGGACCGAUCGUAUUUCCCGAACGGUCGCAGAGAAACUGCACCGUAUGGAUGUUUCUAUUGUACAUUCUGCUGUUUAAGACUUUGUUUCCUGGAUCAUCACAAAAGGCAGAUUGCUUUUGUUUCUCUUUAUAAGGAACUUUUUUAUUCUUCUUGCAGUAAAUUACUGUAUUGUAAAUACGUAGUCAGAAAUUGCACUUAACACUGAGCAUAUGGGUUAUGUAAAAGUAGUAUUUGAUGAUUCGCACGCACCGAUAUAUUGUAAAUGUGCAAACAGUACGGCAUCGGUACUCUAUUUUUUAAUUUUAAGCAAACUGUAAAGAUACUUGUGUAAUUAUUCAAAUGUAUUAUUGAAGUAAUAUUAACAAAUGAUGGACUCUGUAUUCUCUAGAUGGGAUUUUUCUGAUCCAGACUGCCACAGCUGCAAUCUAAAGAAACCACUUAGAGUUGUUUUUAAUGUCUAAUGUCUUACACUGUUUACCAUAUUCAACGGGUUAAAGUUCCAGCAACAUCCAGACACAUGAAACUAAACUUUGCAACAAUACGCUAUAUAUUGUGUAGCACUGUGUAGCAUUCCAU